CAACUUGCGCCCGGCAGAACUUGCUAUGCCUUGGAAUCACUCGAGACCUCGAACGACGGCCCCUCGCGAGCGUCGAAGAUGGAGGAACAAUGGGAAACCCCUCCAGAGGGCUACAGGCAAUAUUCCCAGUCAACGCCCAGAUGAAGAUAUAAAACGCCACUUGCCCCGGCGCAUUCUGAAGGACGGUCGACCCAUCUUCGCCAUCGUAAUGGACCCUCGGAGCCACAAGCCGCGAGAUAAACCUGCAAUUCCAUCGGAACCUGCAAACAUCGAGGUUCAUUGUUUGACGCCUCAGAAGGAGCCGGUUGGAAAAGUGAGGGGAUCGCCAGGACUCCGCCAUGGAUUCCAGCACACGGAAGAGCGUGAAAUACUCACCGAUUCCGUUCAUACCAUGCUGCACCCUGACGCUGCAUAUGACAAGUUCUAUAGCGUGACGUUUUUGAAGCCAGAUAAUAGCCCGCUGUUACGAUGUAUGACAGUGGAUUUUGAAACAGACGUCUGUGCUAUGCACUAUGAGGUCUGGGAGGAGCUGAAGCUCCCCAUCGAGCGAUAUGAAGGACCACCAAUUUCAAUUGUUGACCACAAAAAGCAGAUGGUACCGCUGGGAAAAGCACAGGCAACAUGGUCAAGGCCUGACGAGGAUAAACUGUACUCGGCCGAAUUUUAUGUGGUGCGAGGCCUCGAGUUUGAUGCCUGUCUGGGAAUCUCCACCGUUCGGAAACUGGGCCUUUACCGCAGGGAUCCCGCUCUUGCCUCUCGCCUCCGUGCCGCAGAUCAAGCAAAUGUAAAUCAUUCACAUGCCUCAUAGGGGAUGAGGAGGGAACUCAUGGGUCUAAUUUUAAGAAGGAAACAUCACUGGCUAGGUGUUUUGGGCGCGUGUGUGGAUAGUCCAUCAACUUUAAAAGCGUUUUCCAAACAAGAUCACAUCGAUCGGAUUUUGAUCCCGCAUCUGGGUUGUACGCAGAAUAGGCCCUGAAUCAUUCGGCUGAAUACAUUUAUUAUAUAUGCGGUGCGUAGUGUACAUAUAUUUUCU